CAUUGUAUUUAUUUUCCUCUGACCAGUUGGAGAUCGUCACGUUUCGUACGCCAGUUGUAAUUAGUAGCAAGACAACCAGCGAAAGAGAAAAGCCAAAGCGUUCACAGGAAGUGCGCGGCCAGCUCAGUCCUCAACAUUUACCACACUCAGCCUUGAAGUCAAGAAACUGAGCAAACCUAGAUUUCAAAGAAUAACAACUGUGAUCGUGACGUGAUGGGACUCGGCAAGAGUGCAGAGAAAAAAAGCCAGAUAAAUAUACAAUAACAUUUACUUUUGAACAACAAUUCAGCACCACCGCUACUCAAGGCAAGUUCGUCUUUGAUGCUCUGUAUCAUCGGUAACAUAACCAGGUAGAUCGUUAUCGGAUGAAGCGUCCGUUCCUCUUUGUGAAUGGUGUUUUAUAACUACUAUAGCAAUACAGCAGAUAGGGAAACAUGCCAAAAUGGGCUCAUCUUCGGGGAAAUUGCUUAUUUGCAUGCCUUAUUCGAAUUGCCUUACUUUUGGGGGCUUGUCGGGUUGUCCUGUCACAGAGAUUGAGUUUGUCUAUAGAGGAGGGACAACCCCCGGAGACUAUAGUGGGGGAUAUCAGCGUUGUAUUCCCCGCUGAGACAUCAACCGGUGGCUAUUUCAUUUCGGAAAGUGAAGAGUCGGUUGUUUUCAGUGAUCUGAACGUUGAUGUGGACAGCGGAAUUAUAAAGACGGCCAAAGUCCUGGACAGAGAGACGACAGAUCGCUAUGAGUUUGUAGCCGUGACUCUGACCGGGCAAAUGGUCAAGGUGGAGAUCGUGGUCACGGACAUCAAUGACCACAGUCCACUUUUCCCGAGGGGGAAAGUCCAGCUCAAUAUCUCAGAACUCACUCCGAGCGGGACAUGGUUUCAGCUGGACGAAGCCUGGGACCCGGACACGGAGAAGUUUAGCAUUCAGGGCUAUGCGAUCACGCAGGGAAACCCGGGGAUGUUUCACCUUCGGUCCGAUAAAGGGCUCAAAGGUGUCGAUCUUGUACUCGGCGGCUUCCUGGACCGGGAGACCAGGGACUUUUACUCCCUCAUCUUGCAGGCUUUCGAUGGGGGCACUCCUCCGAGGACGGGCAGGAUGCAGCUGGACAUCCGAGUGCUGGAUGAGAACGACAACCCGCCCCACUUUAACCAGACCGAGUAUGAAGCCUGGGUUCGGGAGGAUGCGGCCCCGGGGACCCGGCUCAUCCAGCUGCAGGCCAGCGACCCGGACCAAGGCAGUAACGGCUUCAUCACGUACGAGAUAGACUGCAGGCACAGCGACCUGAGCGACCACUUCGCCAUCGACAGCCGGAGCGGCGAGGUCCGGCUCCAGAAACCGCUCGACCGGGAGAGUCGGCCCCGGCACCAGCUGGUUAUUCGAGCCCGGGACCACGGCUCCCCGGCUGAACUGGGCAGCGCCUUCCUGUCGGUGCGGCUACUCGAUGUCAACGACAACCGGCCGUCCAUUAGCAUCCUGUACCUGAGCCCGAGCGGCCGGGCCGAGGUGUCGGAGGGGGCGGCCGUAGGGCAACUGGUGGCCAGGGUGUCGGUUUGGGACCCGGACCUGGGCGAAGGCGGCGAGUUGCGGGUCUGGCUGCAAGACGAAGACGAAGACGAAGAGCCGAGCAGCAGCUUCGAGCUGCGGGAUUCCCCGCUCCGCUCGGUCUUCCUACUGCGUCUAAACGGCCACCUGGACCGUGAGCGCCGCCGUGCACACCACCUCACUGUGCGCGCCUCCGACUCCGCGCGCCCGCCGCUGAGAUCCCAGCGGUCGCUCGAGUUGCGCGUCACCGACAUCAAUGACAACGCUCCCGCCUUCGAGAGCGAGGUAUACACGGCGCGCGUCCCCGAGGGCCCACUUGCCGCCGACGGGAGCACAUUUCUACGGGUGCGCGCACAGGAUCCGGAUGCCGGCGCCAACGGCACUGUCAGGUACGCCAUCUUGGAGGACGACGCUGGGGACCGGGACAUCCCGCUUUUUGAGGUCGAUCCGCUGACGGGCUUCAUCAGCACCACUGCGUGCCUGGAUCGGGAGACCCACGCGAUGAUCCGUCUGUUGGUGGUGGCCCAGGAUCUGGGUGAGCCGCCUCUCUCCUCCACCGCCAGCGUCUUGCUUCUCGUCGAGGACGUGAAUGACAACGAGCCGGUCUUCGAGCGAGAGCUCUACAGAGCGACCGUGCGGGAACACACGGAGCCCGGGACCUGCUUCCUUCAGGUCAGUGCAAGAGAUGCAGAUAGUGGUCUUUUUGGUACUAUCCGUUAUUUUCUUUAUGAUGGUGUUAACAACUUUGAAAAGUCACAUCUCUUCACCAUUGACACCUCUUCUGGUCAAGUCUGUACAGCCCAGAUUAUGGAUCGAGAUGAUGGACCUCCAAGUUAUCAUUUGUUAGUGAUUGCAGAGGAUGGGGGUGGUUUGAGUGCCCAGUCAUUUAUCCACUUAGAUCUACAAGACAUCAACGAUAACCAGCCUUUAUUCAACCCAUUGACUUAUGUAACCAGCAUCAGCAGCCAUACACAGCCAGGAACAGAGAUUACAAAUGUGAUGGCCUCUGACAGGGAUUCUGGAGUCAAUGGAAAGGUGUCAUAUGAACUUCUAGCUGGAAACUUCUCUUCUCUGUUCUCUGUAGACUCCUCGACAGGUGCAGUGUAUUUAACUUCUAUCUUCAGUCAUCUACAGGUUUCUGAUGUGCAGUUGAAAAUUUCUGCACGUGAUGGUGGCAAUUUGACUUCACCUAUGAAUGCAACUGUAACUGUCCACAUUCUGCAAAGCUCUCUAGCUCCGACAGUGUUCGAGCAAUCUUCUUAUUCCUUUACUAUACUAGAAAGUGUCCCUAUAGGGAGUGUUGUUGGAAGAGUACAGAUUGCAAAUAUCCAAGAUUCUCUAGAAUUGAAAUACAGAAUUUCCUCUGGUGAUCCAUAUGGCUACUUUUCCGUUGAAUCUGAAUCGGGUCUUAUCAGAAGUAGUAAGCACUUAGAUCAUGAAGCCCAACCUUUUGUGUUGCUUACUAUAGAGUUUCAAACCAGCAGCUGUCCUGUCUACAGCUGUGCACAGGUCAAUAUAACAAUUACUGAUGUUAAUGAUAAUGCACCAGCUUUCUAUCAAGAAUCUGAAAGUAUUACCAUUUCAAAAAAUACCUUGCCGGGAACAGUUAUAUUCGUUGCCUAUGCUGAAGACAAAGACAGUGGAUUAAAUGGAAUGGUCAUGUACAGUCUACAGAAUGACUAUAAACAAACUUUUACCAUUGAUUACAUAUAUGGAACGCUUUAUCUGAACAGGACUGUUCCAUCAAUGAAACAACAAUACAGUAUACAUAUUGUAGCAAGUGACCAGGGAGCCCAACCGCUGAGCGCUGUGUUCAUGUUGUUAGUGAAUUUUGACCAUUUGGAUAGUAAUUUGACAUUUGAAACACUAGUUUACCAAGUUGAAGUCAGUGAAUCUGCACCAUUAAAUAUGAGAAUUUUGCAAGUUCAUGCUAACAAGCAAGAUUUUAUGGUGUCCCCGGGCUUAGUUUAUUCACUUCAGCAAAACUUGGAUUCAUUAACGUUUGGCAUUCAUGCUGCUAGUGGCUGGAUUUACAUUCAUAAAGCUCUGGACUAUGAAAAGAAGCAAAGUUACAACUUUAAGGUAUUUGCCAUAAAUCCAGAGGAACACUUAAAGCAAAGUGUGGCUGCAUCUGUAAUUGUUAAUGUUAUGGAUGAAAAUGAUAAUCCUCCUAUAUUUACGCAAAAUUUGUACUUUUUCACAAUUGAAGAAAACCCCAUUCCUCAUGGCCUGGUUGGAAAAGUACAAGCAAUAGAUUGGGAUUCAGGAGAAAAUUCUCAUUUAUCGUUUAUGCUAUUAUCUGAUGGAAAAUUCUUCAGACUUAAUUCUAAAACAGGCGAGAUUGUUAACUGGGUUGCGUUAGAUCGGGAACAUCAUAUUCACCACCAGUUGUCUGUACUAGUUACUGAUCAUGGUGUGCCUCGACAAAAUGCCUCCACCACUGUUUAUAUCACAAUCACUGACAUUAAUGAUAAUAAACCACUAUUUUCUUACCCGGGACCGAGCCGUGAAUUCAUUGUCAAGGUUUUGGUAGCUCAACCUGAAGGCACAUUUUUGACUACGUUAAUUGCUAAGGAUCCAGAUGUUGGAAAAAAUGGUACUGUUUCUUUUUCCAUAUUAGAAGAUUAUUCACAAAGCUUCAAAAUUGAUGCCAAAACUGGAGAACUGACAACUGCCAGGGUUUUCAUGAACAAUCAUGCAUCACAUCAUAAAAUUGUAGUGAUGGCAAGUGAUGCAGGAAGCCCUCCUCUUCAACAGAUUGCAGAAGUUAACAUACAGGUUAUCCCUAGAGUCAUUGAAAAACAGACAAUUCACAAUAAUCAAAGGUAUUUUGCCAUACCUGAAGGUUUAAGACCUGGAAAAGUUGUGGGUUCCGUCAGUUCCUAUGAUCGUCAUUUGCUGACCAGCCAGAAAGUACAUUACUACAUUGAUGAAGAUGAUGACCACUUUCCAUUUGAAGUUGACAGUAUGACAGGAGAAUUGUACCAAAGCCAAGAACUAGACUAUGAAGAAGUUUCUCAUUAUUUGCUAAAGGUUAUAGAAGAAGAUAAUUGGCACAUCCCUUCAAAGAAUGUUUCUAUUUUUGUCAGUAUUAAAAUAGAAGACCAAAAUGAUCAUUCACCAUGGUUUAAAGAUGAUGUUGUUGUGAUUGGAAUUCCAGAAAAUCUUCAAGUCGGUUCUCUUGUUCACAUAUUUAAUGCAAUAGACGAUGAUGGAAAUGGGCCAAAUAGUGAUCUCCAAUAUUCUGUUAUGUCCUGGAGUUCCAUGGAAAAUCCUUUUUACAUAGAUCCUAAUCAAGGAUGCUUAAAUACAAUACUGCCAGUUGACCAUGAAAUGAGCAAAAAAUUUUUUAUAACAAUAACAGCAAUGGAUCAAGCAUUUGAUAUAAAUGAACGCAAGGUAGGCUCGGUGACAGCGCAGAUUAUUGUCUUGGAUGUGAAUGAUAACAAACCUGUAUUUUUAUCAGAAAAUGUUUCCUAUGUAAUGGAAGAUGAGGAAGUAGGAUAUCUGGUCCAUCAUAUUAUUGCAUUUGAUGCAGAUUCAGGUGAAAGUAGAAGAAUUUCGUAUGCUAUCACCUCGGGGAAUGAAGACAACACUUUCAAACUUGAUGAAUCAUCAGGUGUGCUGACAUUGGUGUCCCAUCUGGACCAUGAAAUGCAAAAAUCCUAUACCCUCACAAUUUCAGGAUCAGACAAUGGACUUCCGGUUCAGUCCUCAACGCAGAUUCUGACGGUGGUUGUUGUUGACAUCAAUGAUGAAGCACCGAAGUUCCAAGAAUCUGUCUAUGAUGUUGGAAUCCCUGAAAAUCUUAAUGUGGGAACAUAUGUUGUUAAGGUUGAAGCUUUUGAUGGAGAUUCAGAUCUAAAUUCUGUACUCAUUUAUGAGAUUUUACCAGGAUCUGGAUAUGAUGCAUUCAAAAUAAACCCUAAAACUGGCAUUGUCACCACAACACAAGUACUGGAUAGAGAAAUGCAAGAAUAUGAUGUGAUUAAAGUUUUGGUCCGAGACAGUGGGACCCCAUGUCUAUCUGACACGACUACGAUCAUGGUGACUGUGUUGGAUGAAAAUGACCACCAGCCUGAAUUCAUGCCACAUUUACAUGAGCUGCAUAUUUUGGAGAAUAUGGAUCCAGGAGUAAUUUAUGCACUCAUGGCUUUGGACAGGGAUGCUGGGAACAAUGGACUUGUUAGAUAUGAAAUCAUUGGUGGUAAUUUUACUGAUGCAUUCAGAAUUGAUUCUAUUUCUGGAACACUUGCUACGACUAGAGGCUUGGACAGAGAAGAAUUUAAUAAUUUUUCUCUUACUAUAGAAGCUCAUGACCUUGGUAACCCACAAAGAACCUCUCAGGCAGAAAUUUGGAUUACUAUCUUGGAUGAAAAUGAUAAUGGUCCGGUGUUUGAAAAAAAUUAUCACUAUACUUCCGUGAAUGAAGAUAUUCCUAUUGGAUCAAGUGUUUAUCAGUUGAUUGCUACUGACAAAGAUGAUGGCUUCAAUGGAGAAAUUGCUUACUCUCUAAUUGAUGAUACAUUUGGAGCAUUUACUAUUAACAGUAACACUGGCAUCAUUGUGACAACAUAUCAAUUGGAUAGAGAGACUAAAUCACAUUAUGCCUUCCGAGCAGUGGCAAGUGAUUAUAGCAUUCAAAAUCCAAAAAGUACUACAGUUAAUGUAAUGAUACAUAUUGAAGAUGCAAAUGACAAUUUCCCAAUUUUUAUACAAAAUCCAGUCAUUGCAUAUAUUACUGUGGACACUCAGAUCAGCCACAUUAUUGCAACAGUAAAAGCUGACGAUAAGGAUUUGGGGCAAAAUGGCACUGUCAUGUUUCAGAUUUUGGAACAUGAUUCAUUGUUUGCAGUGAAUAAUACUACAGGUGACAUUUACCUUAAAACGUCACUAUCCCAGAGUCAUUUUGAUAGAAAUCAUCUGUCUGUUGUUGCGAUAGACCAGGGUAACCCAGCUAGAUUGUCUACUGGGCUUGUGCUUAUACAUCGGCAAGUAGAAAAAAGAAUUUGGUUUAGUCGUAAUAAAUAUGAGAUCACAGUUCCUGAAAACAUCAAAUCAGGUACGCGAGUUUUGAGUGUCAUGAAUCAAGACUAUAACACGAAUGGAGUCACUUACAGCAUUUUUAGUGGGAAUGAAAAUGAAGUAUUCCACAUAGAUUCAGAAAUUGGUGACAUUGUGGUGAAAGAUUCCAAGAUUCUGGAUUAUGAAGUCAGAACCAAGAUGCAUUUGUUGUUGUUGGCAGAAAGUAACCAUCAAACAGCAUAUAGCCAGUUAACUAUUAUAAUUGAAGAUGUAAAUGAUAACCAACCAUAUUUUCAACAAAAUUAUUAUAAGACAUCGAUAUGGGAGGGCCAAACACGUAGUACAUACGUCUCGCAGGUUUUUGCAUCUGAUUCUGACCAUGGGCUUAAUGGCCAAAUUGAAUAUUCUAUAAUAUCUGGAAAUGAAAACGAGGCUUUCGUUAUUGAUUUAACUCGAGGAAUUAUUACAACUAAUGCUGUUUUAGAUCGAGAAGUAAUUUCCUCCUACAGAUUAGUUAUCCAAGCAACUGAUCGAGGAAGUCCUAGGCUUUCGAUAACUGCCAUUGUUGUGAUUCAGGUUGUGGAUAUUAAUGAUAAUCCUCCAAGUAUUCCUCCACUGAAAGCUGUGAAGAUUUUUGAAAACCUGCAAGCUGGUUAUGUUGUCACACGGAUAUUGGCAACUGAUAUGGAUCUAAACCCCAUUCUUUCCUAUAAUUUUACCAAGAAUGGUAAUCCAGAAGGUAAAUUUGCUAUUGACUGCAACACUGGAAUCAUCAUUUUGACUGAGCCAUUGGACUUUGAGAAACAGUCUGAAUAUUUGGUGAAGAUCAAGAUUUCUGAUUCAGUGCAUGAAACUGAAGGAGGUCUUAGAGUUUUUGUAGUGGAUUUAAAUGACAAUUCACCUGUCUUUUCUCAAGAAUCAUAUCAGAUUAUACUGCCUGAAUUCUUACCAGUCAAUACGUACGUUCUGACUGUAUGUGCGACAGAUAAAGACUCAGGAAUGAAUGGAAAAGUUUCCUAUAGAAUCCUUGUAGGAACUUCUACAGAGUUUUAUAUUAAUGCUGAAAGUGGUGCAGUAUUUACCAGGAGGUCUGUACACUACACAACUUAUAACUCCAUGGUGCAACUUCUUGUAGAAGCGAAAGAUGAUGGAAACCCUGCGUUGAAAAGCAUUACGUCCGUACUAAUACAAAUUCAGGAUAUCAAUAACAAUAUUCCUCAGUUUGCCCAAACAAUUUAUAAUAUCAGUGUCAAUGAAGAGGCGACAACAGGAAUUAUUCUGUUAUCAUUUUCAGCACUAGAUCAUGAUUGGACACGUAAGAAUGCUUACGUUGACUACUCCAUUAUUGGAGGCAAUGAACAAAACAAAUUCCAUAUUGAGAACACUAUAAUUCAAAUGGAGAAUCAGUAUCAUGUGAUAGGCAAGCUGCUCUUGAAGAAUGUAUUAGACAGAGAACUUACUAACAGCUAUAGUUUGGUUAUGUGUGCAUCUGAUCGAGGAAACCCAUCACUUAAUUCAACCACAAUUGUAUUAAUAACUGUGCUUGAUUUCAAUGAUAAUCCUCCAGUUUUUAACAGCCUGGAGUACCAUGCUGAAGUUCUAGAAAACACCCCUGUGAAAAAUAAACUUGUUCAAGUCUCAGCCUAUGAUCAUGACGAGGGGGCAAAUGCAGAUAUUAAAUACAGUAUAAUAUCUGGAAAUGAAAAAGGAUAUUUUAGAUUGGAUCCUAAAAUGGGUUUUGUAGAAUUAAAAUUACCUCUUGACUAUGAAGAGGUAUCAAAAUUCAUGUUAACUAUCCAAGCAGUUGAUGGUGGUAUUACUAAUCAAAAUAUGGCUAUUUCAAUCCUUUAUAUUAAUGUUUUGGAUGACAAUGAUAAUGUUCCUUAUUUUGUAGUUCCUACACUGAACUGUGCAGUCAACGAAAAUGAGCCUAUCUACACAUCAGUGUGUGCAGUUCAUGCUUUCGAUUAUGAUGAUGGUACCUUUGGAUAUUUGACAUAUUCUAUUCUGACAUUGCCUUCAACUGACUAUUCUACAUAUACUAGUUGGAAUAAUUUUAUUAUUGAUCCAAUUACUGGUGAUGUAUACACAAAACAGAUGAUUGAUUAUGAACAACAGAAAAUGUACAUAUUUGUGGUCCAGGCCAAGGAUAAGGGUAAUGCAACAGCAACUGCAACAAUUCAAGUGCAUAUUCAAAGUAUUGAUGAAUAUGAACCCAUCUUUACCCAAAAUCGAUACUAUUUCAAUCUCCCUGAGCUUGUGGAGGUAGGUCAAAAAGCUGGCCAAGUUACUGCUGUUGAUAAAGAUGCUGGACUGGAUGGAAUUGUGCAGUUCUCAUUUCUACAGCCCUCUCCGUACUUUUCACUGAACCAGACAAGUGGAGUUAUUUAUGUUUCUGAUUCUGUUCACAAGAUUAGAGGCAGUUACAAGAGAGAAGAGGUAAUUGAGUUGGUGAUUAAAGCUAGUAGUCCUUUAUUGAGUUCCAAAUCAGCAAUUAGUACUGUUACCAUUAACAUCUCUCAAUCAUUGGAUGCCUUAACGGGUAAGUCACCUGACAACCUCACUUUAAGUCUCUCUGUCUCAUUUGUCAUUUUCUUGCUCCUUUCUGUGUGCUUUGGUGGCCUACUGUGUAGGUAUAAAAGAAAAGAUAAAGAUAAUUCCUGUAUUGAAAAGCAGAAUAUAAAGCUUCCAAUAAUAUCCACAAUUACCAACCAUCUGAAUCAUCCAGUAGUUUCAUCGGGUCACCAAAAAGUGAGUGAUAGUCAGCAAAGAAAGACCUUUGUUAAUUCAUUGGAACAACUGAGUUUAGUGGACAUUCCUGUAAAGAAGAAGUCAUUUAAUUCUUCUAGGCAGUGUGCUGCAGAUGGGCAAACUGCUGAAGACAGAGAAAUUAAGCUGAUUAGUGCAAAUCAGCAUAGCAGAGAUCAAGUUUCAGAAUUAAAUAAACCUGGCUAUAUAUGCAGUGUUCCAGAUUCAGAACACUCAAGGGAGUCAUACUGCUUGUCAUGUCAGUUGUGUAAGAACAAUACCACUGAUGCAGUCAUUAAUAGAGAAUGUGUAGGUGGCAUUUAUAACUUUAAGGACAUAAGGGGAGAGGAAGGAUUCAAUGCGGAUUUUGUUGAUUUUUCAAGGAAUAUUCAGAAUCCAAAUAUUAAGGAAAAUAGUAUCAUGAUGGACAAUGGUAAGGAUCACACUUUUAUCAUGGAUGGGCAGACUCCAUUGGUAGGAUCCCUUAGUUCACUUGUUCCCAUACAAGACCAAAUACAAAACAGCUACAAUUAUGAUUACAUACUUUCCUGGAAACCUGGGUUCCAACCUUUGGCCUCAAUCUUUACUGAGAUUACAAAACUGAAAGGUGAAAAUGUACAAAAGCCUGUUAUUAAAAAUGAAUCCAAAUCUAUUAGCCCACCCCCACUGAUAACAUCAAUUGCACAGCAAGGCAUAAGGGUUGUCCCUCCACAUAUGACAAUAAUAAAAUUUAAUCCAUCAACCACAAAAUGUUCAAGCUUGCCCGUUGUUACUAAUACAUACAGCACUGCUUCAGCUAUGACACCAAAUUUCUCUCCAUCUGUUUCUGUGCAUACUCCUUCAGCUUCUCUUGUUUUAAAUUCAGGGAUAUCCAAACUUACCAUAACGUAAUCCUUACACAGGCAAAAAGUAGAAGAGUAAAUGCAGAAUCAUCAACACUUACAACUGAUCUGAUUACUCUGUCAAAUUAAAUAUAGAUAAGUGAAGUUAUAUUUAAUUUCUGUACAUGAAGCAUUGUCAUGCCUACAUCAGAAACAAAAUAUUUAAUUUAUAGUGAGUAUGAAUUACAGAUGUAAAUUGCUAAAUGGCAAUUAUUUUCUAAAGUAAUUUCAUUCAAUAAGCAUUAUAAGCAUUAACUAUUGUAUCAAUGUUUACCAAGAAGCUAACAAAAUAAUGCAUAUUGGAUUGCAAUUUCAUUACUAUGAAAUGGUCACAGUUGUUGCAAUUAACUGUAAGUGUAUUUAUGCCAUUUGCUUUGUUACAAUAGAUGCAUACAAUACAUUACAGUGCAGAACAACAAAUCUUUCAACCAAGUCUGUGAUACCACAUUGAUAGUAUUUUCAUGCUAGUAAUCUUGCAUCUUAUUCAUGUUGUCAUUACUUUGAUUGGAUUUGACAAGGGGAGACUGUUAAAUUUAAGCUUCUGUGGCAAGGAGAGACAGCACCCUCAACAGGAAAAAUAGAUCCCGAAGUAAAAAAAAGUAUGAUUUGAGGAAAGUAGCAGCAAGACAAUAGGCUGUGUUCUCAAACUGAUUGCUCAUUGAAGAUGCAGCCUAUACCUUUCCAAGCAGUUGGGGACACAUAUCUGUGACAACUGCACUGGUCACAACAUAGUUGCAGCCUUGAAAUUAUAUGCUUUUGCUUUCUUCCACGAAUCUGUUGCAGAACUCAGUGAUAUAUCACAAAUGACAACAUCCAGAGCUGAACAGUAUGUUCCAGUAGUGACAGAUGAAGCCUUGCAGGAACAAUAACCGUGGAAUGCUUCCAUCCCCUCAAUGUUCAUUUGCUCUGCAAUCACAGUAGCUUCUGUCAUGUGUGCAUUUACUGUUUGACAGCUGUGUAACUCCUUCCUCUGCCAGUCCACUCACCCAACCACCAAACUCCCCAUUGAUGAUCUCCAUCUCUAUAUGAAAGCCUUUUGCUCCUGAGUUAUUCAAAAAUCUCUACUUUUACUUUAAGAAUAUUCAGUGAUCCUGCCUUCACUGCUAUCUGGGUAAGAGUUCCAAAGACUCAUGAUGCUAUAAGAAAAAAGCCUUAUUUCCAUCUUGAAAGCAAAAAAAGCAUAUAAUGUGGCAAAGAUUAAAGGCAAACCAAGUCUUUAAAAGCUUCAGCUUUAAAAAGCUUUAAAAGCUAACAAAUGACCAUAAAACAUAAUGCAGCGGGAGAAAACAAACUGUAAUCAGCUAUGGUUAGCUUAGUUGGCUAGAUGGCUGGUUUGCACUGAAGAGCGAUGCCAAUAGCGUGGGUCAUUUUCUGUAUGAUUGAAGUUAGUGAAGGAUUCUCCUUCUCAACCAUAAUCCCCUUGCCUGAGGCAUGGUGACUCUCUGAUUAAACCACCACCAAUCGUCUCUCUCUGAUGAGAGACCAGCCUAUGGUCUGGUAAAACUAUGGCGACUUCACCUUCAUAAUAUCAGAGUUAUGGGUUGCACAGUUUAGACAAAGAUAGGGAGAAAUUCCUUCUCUUAGUGCAUAAAUAAAUAUGCAGAAUUCUUUAGCACAGAGUCUUGUUGAGUAUGCUGGAAGGUGAGAUGGUAAGAUUUUUAAUCAAUAGGUGAAUCAAGGAUUGUAAGGAAAAGGCAAGAAAGUGGAAUUGAGGAUUAUCAAUUCAGCCAAGUCCGCAUUGAAUGGGUGAACAGACUUGAUAAACUGAAUGGUCUACUUCUGCACCAAAUUCUUUGGACUAUGACCUUUUGUAGAGAUGAGGUAUAACUUUGGAUCUGCUCUCAUAAGACCUUUGAUGGAGAUUAAGCACCUAAUAGAAUUACGAAAAGGCAUGUUUGCAUAUAUAAAGAGCAUAAACUCAUUGAGACCCACAAACUGGCAAAGAAAGUGUCCAAACUUUUAAACCAAAACAUUGUUAACUAUUUCUGAGUUCCUCUUCACAUAAAAUAUAGUAGAAUAUGUGCUAUAUGUGCGGUCAUGGCGAUAGGUAGAGUGCUGAAAGGUGGGACUGUGUAAGUGGGCAUUGGGGGGGGUAAGAGGGGCAUGUGGAAUCAGCUGAUAGGUAUACACCUAGAAUACUGAGAACAGAUUUUGACCUCCAUAUCUAAGGAAAAAUAUACUGCCAUUAGACACAAUCCAGGGAAGGUUCACUGGGCUGAUCCUGAGUUGGGACGGAUUUUCUUGUAAGAAGUUAAAUCAGUUGGACCUGUAUUCAUUGGUGAUUAAAAGAUUGAGUGGUGACAUUAUUGAAACAUUUAAGAUGUUUGGGGGCUUUACAAAGUUGAUGCUGAGCAGUUGUUAUCCCUUGUGAGAGAGUCAGAGUAGGUAGUGAAUCCCUGAAAUUACUUACCACAGAGGGAUGUUGAGGCUGGGUCUAUAAUUCAAGUAUAUUUCAGGUUACAAUAGAUGGAAUUUUAAUCAGUAAGAGAAUUGACGGUUUGUGAGGAAACAGCAAGAAAGUGGAAUUGAGGAAUUUCAGUACAGUCUCAUUAAAUGAUCUCAUUAAAUAGCAGAAUAGACUGGCCGGGUCAAAUGGCCUAUUUCAGCUCUUAUUUCAGCUUACUAGCUGAUGGUCUAAUGGGCAGUAUAAGGAGUCAUAACAGAUGGACAGAUACCCGGAUGGUGUAGGGAGUAUGAAGGGUGAUGGAAGCACGGCCGGGCUACAUGCUGAGGCCUGAAACAUGGUCAACUUUAAGAAGGCCACAUAACAUUAGAAAGAAACAUGAAUUAUUCUAACAGAAAGUGUGGAAAAUAAUGAUCAAACUAAGACGUAGAUCUUACAAUAAGCCUAUUUUCAUAAUGAAAGCUUUCAAAUGAAAAGAUUUUUUGGUUUAUUAAUUAAUAUAUAUGAAAACUUUAAAUCUAAACCAACGAAACAUAAGGUGUAAACAAUUGUGUAAAACUUGAAAUUGUGUCUCUUAUUUUCAUGCUAAGAGGCCCCUCAUAAUCUGAAAUCCUAAACUGUGGUUAUUUAUUUUAUGCUUAAAUUCAGAAUUGGUACAAGAGCACAGGUUGACAUGGAUAAGGCACAGUGAAUGAGCUGGUGAGGGCAGGAGAGAUAUAUUCCAUGUUAAUCUUUAUUGUUAAACUUUGAAGGUAAUGUUGGAGCCCCAAGACAAGCACUCCACCCAGCCCAUCUCUGGAACUACAUCUUAGGCUCUUCCCAGGUCACUUGGCCCCACCCCAAGCCUCAGACUGAAAAUGGGAAGUUCUUUUAAAGGACGAGAUAGUGGCGCUGGGAUUGCUCCCAAUUUGGUGUGCCCCCGGGGGAAACAGAAAUCCGGGCCUAUUAUUAUCCUGGUUGAAUUUUACCUAUAACUCAAAUUUGAUCAAAGUCCUGUAGUUUGUGGUAGACAGUAUGUUCAUUUCAUAAUUUUCUAUUGUCAAAAGCCUCUGAAGUUAACUGCCACUCCAUAUUUUGCUGCAGCGACAUUUGAUUUUGAGAUAGUAGGGAUUGUACAAAAUAAAUUUCCCCUUUGCUAAAAUUGUUACCCACCACCAUGCCUCCAGCAUCUCUUGUGUGUUUUAUGCCUUUGUCUUUAUAAUGCUGAUAUUGUUUAUUUCCCUGAGAAAUUAUUUAUCUGAAUUUUAUGUAUAUUUUUCAGCAUUUGUAGUUUGUUGUUGUUGCAGUUGUUAUGCCUGUUUUGGUUAUCCAUCCUAAUUUCAAAGUGUUUAUUUUUACUGGACCCUGACGUUUGGUAAUUGCAAUCACUUUAGUGAUUGGAUCUUGUUUUGAGAUUGGUGUUAAAUCAUUGAUCUGGAGUGUAGGAGGAACGUAACUUUACUCUGUAACAAGGCUGCUUUUCCUACUGCAACUGCUGCUAAAUGAAAACCAGUAAGGAUAGCUGGAUUAACAAAUAAAGAAACAGUAAAUUCAGGGAACAGUUUCCACAGGUAAUUGAAUAUUCAGUUUACAGUGCUCACAUCAUUCACCAUAUGUUAUUGUGAUGCUAUUGCCAAUACCAGUCACAUGAUGGCACCAUUCCACAUCUUUGUCUUAUUUAAUAAAGACUUGAAAAUAUGAAAUCUGCAGAUUCCAGGCUUCAAGGCUUUUACAUUAUUAUUCCUUCAACGAAGGAGCAGUGUUAAUGUCAAGAUUCUGCUGCUAAGAUUGAAAUGUUGGCAAAUACAAGACUUCUUUUGAGCACUGGCUCGAAGGAGUGGACACACAGGUUGGUUAAAUAUUCUUUGGAACAGAACUAAAACACGUACUGAGAACAGUACUCCACAAUAACUAUGGAAAAUACAUCUAACUACUGUGUUUAAAGUUAAUCAAAUUGGAUAUAAAACUUAAAUUGCAAGGCAAUAAUUGUAAAAAUCUUUGUGUAGGUAAUUAAAUACAAAUGUUACAAUAAAAGAAUACUGGGUUUGAUGACUAUCCUGCUGAUAAUUUAAAUGCCCAGCUAACACCAUGCAGAUGAUGUGUGAGUUAGUGUAUAAACUUUGCUGAGCAGUUCACAUUUUUCCACACAACAGGGUGGUAAUUUUCUUUAACACCUGUAGCUAAAUAUCAACAAUUAAGCCAAUUUUAGCAGGUCAGCCAUUACAAAAUCAUGGCCCAAUGGGAUUUACUGCAAAAGUUCAUCACACUCAUACCAGGCCUUGAUUUAGCUUUAGUUGUUGUAAUACAGAUCAAUUUUUGCUAUCAUUCUUGACUACAGUAAUGAAAACAAAUAACCGUACUAACCCAUUUAGAGAAGGAGCCAUGCAUGAAGGGACUAUCAAAUUUUAUAACACUUCUAUAUCCUGUACAGUUACCAUAUCAGCUUUCAGAACUGCAUUAAUCUCCAUGUGUGCUUAUUGACCAAAUGCAUAUGAUACAUACAAUGAAGGUUCAUUUGCACUUCUAACAAAGUCAAAGGCCGAUGGCCAUAAAGAAAGAUUCAAGAAAGAAAAAGACUUGUGUUUGUGUAGCGCUUUUCAAAGCCACAGAAUGUCCCAAAACAUUUUAUAGCCAAGCACUUUUGAAAAAUAGUCACUGUUGUGUUACAUGGAAACUUGGCAGUCAGUUUACACACUGCAAGCUCCGACAAACAGCAAUGUGUUGUUGACUAGAUUUUCUGUUUUUACAGUAUUGCCGGAGAGAUAAAAUAUUAGCAAAACAUAAUUGGGAUGACUGCCCGCCCUUCUUCGUGGUAAUGUCAUGGGACCUUUGAUGUCCAUCUGAGAAGCUGUACAGGAUUUUGGUAUGAACAUCAUCCAAGAAUCAUAAUCCUAGUUGAUGGCUCAAUGCAGUGUGUUAUUAGAGGUUCUGCUUUGUGAUGAGGUUUUGAAACUGUAUACUCUGUUUGGUGGGUAAAGACAAGUCCAUUAUUUGAAAUGGAGUUGGGCACGCUGGUCAACAUUUAUCUCGCAGCAAAAGUUAUCUAAAACAGAUUAUGUACUAAUUUGUCUCAUUGCAGUUUGGGGUACCGUACUGUUGGUAAAUUGAUUCUGUACUAAAUGUGAACCGAUUCAGAACAUUCUGAGGUUGUGAAAGUACUGUAUAAUGGUGAGUCCCUUAUUUACAUCAGGUACCUGUCACAUGAAUGAUGUAACGUUAUCAGGAUCUUGGGACAAAUAUAUGUCAAAAUUGAUUGUCCACCCAGAAGCAGUUCCAGUUCCAACAAGAGGCUAAACAAGCCCCAUUGUGGGAAUUCAUUUGAUUGAUGAAAGACGAAGUUCCAAAACUGUGUUGGCAGCAUUGCCCAGGUCACAAAAUAAGACUUAGAGCCAGUAGACCCAAAUUACAUUUGGCUGAGCUUUGUAAUAAAAAGGGCGAAUACUUAGGGCUGUAUUGAUGGUCGGCGCAAGCUUAAUUUUGGGUUGAAAAGUUGUGCAAAGAGGCCCAUACUGGGGCACUGUUGUUUGCUGCUACUCAACUGUUCUAAGUGAAAAAAAACAGUGAAUUGCCCAGCCUGCAGGAUAAACUUCAAUAUGAUUAAUUUUUAUACUUUUAAUUUGCAAGUUAAUUAAUUUGUUGGUUUGUCACUUUUUAUUGAUUUG